UUCCUCCCUCUCUCCCUCCCUCCCAGCUCCUGCACCAGGAAACGGCCGGAUCCCGGCAGCGGCCUGACCCGUGAGAUCCCUAACCUGGCAGGCAGGCGGGGUUGGAGCCCGGCUGAGGGUGGGGGUGAGGGAGGAGCUGGGCCUCUGGGCUGCACUGAGGGGAGCCGGGAGCAGAGAUGGUGUCGGCAGGAAGCCCUUGGCCCUGGGUUUCCCGGGAGGACAGUCAUUAAACAUGGAUUCGGCCACACAGCUGGUAGAGCGUUGGGGGCAGGGGCCUGAUCCCGGGAGCUGCAACCCCAGCCCUUCUCAGCCCAGACCCUGAUUCCUAGUCUUCCCCACCUAGCUCUGAUCUCCCCUCCCCUUCCCAGGGCUCCAGGCUGGGCAGGAGGAUGAAAGGCCCCAGCUGGGGGCUCCUUGCCACCAGUGCUGGGUCCUAAGAGCUGCCAUCCAGGCUGGCCGCCCGGAUGGCGACCCCAGCCUCGGCCCCAGACACACGGGCUCUAGUGGCAGACUUUGUGGGCUAUAAGCUGAGGCAGAAGGGGUAUGUUUGUGGAGCUGGCCCCGGGGAGGGCCCAGCAGCUGACCCACUACACCAAGCCAUGCGGGCAGCUGGAGAUGAGUUCGAGACCCGCUUCCGGCGCACCUUCUCUGAUCUGGCAGCUCAGCUGCAUGUGACCCCAGGCUCGGCCCAGCAACGCUUCACCCAGGUCUCUGAUGAACUCUUCCAAGGGGGCCCCAACUGGGGCCGCCUUGUGGCCUUCUUUGUCUUUGGAGCCGCAUUGUGUGCUGAGAGUGUCAACAAGGAGAUGGAGCCACUUGUGGGACAAGUGCAGGAGUGGAUGGUGGCCUACCUGGAGACGCGGCUGGCUGACUGGAUCCACAGCAGCGGGGGCUGGGCGGAGUUCACAGCUCUAUACGGGGACGGGGCCCUGGAGGAGGCGCGGCGUCUGCGGGAGGGGAACUGGGCCUCAGUGAGGACAGUGCUGACGGGGGCCGUGGCACUGGGGGCCCUGGUAACUGUAGGGGCCUUUUUCGCUAGCAAGUGAGAAAGCCCAGGGCCAGGUGGGGUGAGGUGUGGCUGGGGGGGCAGGAGAGCUGGAGCAGAGUGGAGGAAUGCCCUUGGAAGAAGUGGGGGAAAGAAUGGGCAUGGAACGGGAAUUGGAAGGGGAAAGGUGGCGUGUGAGGGAGUUGAGUGUGCCAAGCAGGCAGUUGAAAGAGUGAGCUGGAGACAUUGUGGAAUGUAUUUGGAAAGUCAGGAGAUGGAGUCAUUCCAGGGUUGGGGGGAGGUGGGAAGGAUCAUACCUAUAGGUAUAGGCACAGGAAACUCUGCCUGGAGUGUGAUUUGCCUGAGGGAGGUGGGCUUGCAGAGGGGGUUGGCAUCUCCAUUCAACGAGUGGAAUUUGGGGCAAAUACAGAAGGCACAUCCCUUUGGAACGGGAGCUCGGGGUUCUCAGGGGCUAGGAAGAGGUGCUGUGACUGAGGGCUGCUGAGACACGAGUGUGCAUGUGCACGAGCGCUCGUGUGCAUGCUGGGCUGCUUGUCUAAUCUGGUGGCAGUGAGAUUCCUUGGAGAGAAAACAUUCACUCCCUCUUGCAGUGGUGAGAACAAGGGCACCUCUCUGUCCCUCCUCCCAACCUUCCACUCCCUCUCCCCCUUGUCUUGCUGCCUCAAGGCUGAGGGAGAAACACUGUAUCCAGGCUGAGGACUCUGGCCACUUUUUCGCAGAAAGUUGUCAGCAGGGCUUUGGAGAGAAGAGCAGUUCUAUAGCUGGCCUUGUUCCUUCAUCAUCCCCCUUCCUUGUGCAUCAUACACUUGCUGCUGCCUCCUGGGCUCUGACAGAAAGGCAGGGCUGUGGAGCCUGCGGUGGGUGGGGGCUUUGGGAGCUGGAGCUGCCCCUGCCCUCCUCUCCCACUGGGGCGCCUUGGUGCCUAAAGGGUUCCCUAUCUCUGGGACCUUCUGUAUCCAAACUUAAACUCUAAAUUGGGGCUCUUACUAAUUUUCCUUUUGAGUGUGUGGACGUAAAUGCAGACCUGGAAUACAGUCUGGUCCUGCACUGUGUCUCGGAAAGACUGUGGAUGCCUUGAGAGGAACAUUCCAGCUCUGAACCCUGUGUGAAGGUGACGUGUAAACUCUGUGGCUGGCCUGGUCCAUGUGGUGGGCAUUGGAGCUGCUUCAUUAAGGGCCAGGUGUCUGGGUUCCAGAGUACCUCCCAUGACCUAGAAGCAUUGAUAUUUUCUUGGAAGCCACACUGUUUGCCAUGGGUGUUACUUGUCUGUACCUCAGAGUCUGAGGAUGUUAACUUUAGAGUGCACAGUCCUCUAGAAUAGAUUCAGAUGACAGCUUUUUCUUUUGAGAAAGACAUGAUUGAUUUCACUCCAGAUGCAUGUCCUGAGCCAGACCUCACUGCUGCACUUUCCAAGGUGCUAAAAUUGCUGCUUUCCAAUGCUGACUUCUUCUGACACAGUGCUCUAGAGCCCUUCCCUUGAUCCUGAGCACUGACCUGCUUAGCUAGACCAUGGUUGACUCUUGGAGACUUUCACUGGUCCUAGAAUGUGGCGACAUAGUUGUACUCACGAGAACGUGGGACCAAAAUUGGCCUCAGGUGUUUAGCUCAGACUUUUGCUUUUGAGGAGGGCUGCACUUUUUAAUGAUAUUUAUAGGGGAGGUGGUGGACUGCAUGGGCCACUUGGUCUGUUGUGAGUAUGCUGGUACCAGGCACUCAGAGCUGGUCUGUGGCAGGCAGUUUUGGGGUAUGUGGGGGGGGGGUCUCUGACUUGCUCAGGACAAACUAGGCCAUUGGUUUUCCACCUGCUUGGCAGGAUCCUGAAGUUUCCUAGGGAUUGCCUCAGGAGUCCUUGGGGGAGACGAAGUGGGGGUGCUGAGCAGGCUAGGCGACUUGCCCUCAAACAGAACAGCUCCCCUGUAGCUGUCUUACAUAUCGGGGUUCAGGGUAAGAUUUUUUUUGCAUUAAGGGGUUUGCUGCUGAAAAAAGAAAGUUGGAAAACCACUGACUAGACCCAUCAGCUCCAAAUGGGAGCCUGUGCUCCCCCAGGUUUGGGGCAGACUCUUCCCUCGCCCCUCUACCACAGAACGUCUAGCCCUCGUAGUUUUCCUGGAACCUGUAGCAAACAGGGGAGGCAGGGACCAUGGUCAGUUACCAAAAAGCCCUGCUCGGAGGCCUUCACACCUGGGUGGAAGGAGAGGCUGUUUUCUGAAAGGGAAAAGGGCGUGGGCUGAUUUCCAGAGGUAUAGCUUGGAUGGGACCACGGAGGGCAGUUUUGACAUGUCCUGCCCUUCUUAGCCUGAGAGGGAAUGGAAACCCCAGAGACUUCUGUCAGGGAAAACUAGAGACUCUCUUUUAGAGCCAUAUAGUUCCUUGGGAUUAGCUCUUGGCCAAGAUGGCUGAGUAUGGCUCCCAAUUUUUAAAUCCAUUUCAUUUUUUAAAAAGUGAGGGAAAUAAAUCUUAUUGCCAUUUUUCAGAGAAUAAAUAGGUGGAGAGGCUGUUUCUUGCUCUCCAGAGCCCAAAGGGACAAAUAUGGACUUUGCUUAGGCCAAGGAAGGAGCAGAAGUAGGGCAACUAGGUCCUGCACUUAUUAACCCCACUCCCCACUUAUCCUGGGGCAUACACUAUUUUACUUUUUUAAAAUCAUAAAGCGGCGGGAGAACAGAUUUGGUUAGUUUAGAAGAGAAGAAAAGCUCUAUAAAUAUAAAUAUAUAUUCCUGUAUUUUUAUUUAAUAAUUUAUAAAUACCAAGUUCAUUUGACUUUUAUUUUUGUGUAAUAUGUAAUGGUCGUAUUAAAUAAAUAAAUAAAUAAAGCCCAGAAGUUUAAUGAGAAGGACUGAG